AUGUCUGGUGUGGAUGUUGAGGUUGCAGCUCCAGGAAACAGCUCCGGACAUAAUGUGAUAUAUCUUGGGAAUCUCCAUUUUCUUCCAGACCAUGUAGCUUCAACAGGAAGCUCGUUCUUGAGUGCCUCAGCAACAAGCUCACACUCCUUCCAGACACGAAGCAUGUUGAUUCCCAUAAACUUCUUGAUGUCGUCGGCCGACGCUUUAGUCUUUUCCCAAACCUUGACAACCAAGUCUGGAUACUUGGAAACGUCCUCCAGUCCUUCUGGUCCAGUUGCUCCCAUGCCGUCAAAGUCAGAACCAAUUGCAAUGUGA